CGAGCCCGCUGCGUCACCGUGUAGAGAGGUGUGUAGCUCGCGCUCAGGACACUCUUUAGGUUUUUACACGAGUUCUGGGUUAAAUUGUUUCUGAUUAUGGUUGUAGAUCGGACAGAGCCCGUGAUGCUCUGAGCAGAACGCCGCUCCUCAGAGACGCUGCAGUAACUCCGACUCAGAGACCACGGGAAUGCAGUAAGAUGUCGCUUGAGCAGUUCAGCGAUGUCGUCCAGAGAUGCCGACACGUCGAGGAUGAGAACUACACUCCGGCCGACUUCGAGGUGUUCCGCUCGGCUGGGGCGAGCUGCAUCGAGCGGGGUCACGGUGCUCACGUCUUGAGCGUCAUCAUCGACGAGAGAAAUCAAAAUAUCGUGCGCUGUAUGGGCUGGAACCUUCUGGAACCUUUGGUCAGGGUUCUGCUGAAGAAGGAAGAGAAGAACCUGCAUCACUGUCAGGCCAUCUUCUCUCACCUACUGCAGGUGUGCAGUCCUAAAGAGCUGGUGCUUGGUCUGCUGGAGCAGGUGGAGGAAGCUGAUCCUGAUGCUGUGGCUGAAACCAUCACGCUACUGCUCACACCUUUACAGACAGUGUUGCUAAAGCUGGGGAAGAGGAAGGCCUCGUCUCUGGGCAUGGCCCUCUCCACUGUGCUCACCCAGGUGACCAAACUUCCCGUUCCUCAGAGCCGCGAGCAGGAGGAGGACGAUGUGUUCGGGUUGUGUCGCUGCUGCACGGCUCUUUCGCUCUUCACCCGGCCCUUCGUGGAGGAGAUCAAGGAGAACAACAGAGACCGCCGUACCAUCUCCAGGGACGACGAGCUUCGGGUGGAGAUCCUGAAAUUCUGUAUGAAGAGUUUGAGCGAGCCUCUACUGGACGUCCAGCUGAAGGACGUGGACACGUUACAGAUGUCUCCUCUCAGAGACUUUGCCACCAACAUCCUGACCACUCUGUGCAGUAUCGGCGAGUCGCUUCUGGACUUGUUGUCCCACAAUCUCUUGCGUAAGCGUGAUGUCCCCGGGUUCCUGGAGGAGGACGUCCGAUAUCCCAAGGAGUCUCUUGCCAGCUUGGCACAUUUACUGUUUGUGCACCACAUCGCGGUGGACCUGUUCCCUGCCGUGCUCAGCCCUGUCUUUGUGCUGCAGUGCAACAUGGAAUUUGUAGAGCUCUUACUUAGCAGGACUGAAGAAUCCCGGUUGCAGAAGGGACUGGAGUUGUACGAGAAGACGCUGGUGCGAGUGGAGGACAGCAGCCUGACGCCCGACCUUCUGGAUUUAAAAUCCUUUCUAAAUGUUCCAAAGGUGAUGGUUCGGGUGAUGACGCUCUGUCCGGUUCAGAAUGUGAGGACUAAAGGACUCUCAGUUUUCCAGCUGAGCAUCGACAAGUUUGGCACAGAGGCCAAAUACAAGUUUUUCAGGUGCAUGCUGAAAACUAGCGAUCAUGCCGGAGUAGAGGGCUUCAUCAUCAAGAACAUCAAGAACCAGAUCGACCUCGCACUGAAGCCGGGUCAUGAAAACGACUGGUUUCUGGGGAAACACCUCCUGCCCUUACUGCGGCAAGUCCUAAGUCUCCCUCAGGGACCAGAGACCGACCUGCUCCACAACCUCGACAGGAUUAUGGAGUCUUUGAACCUGCUGCGUUAUCUGCUGAUCAGAGAUAAAGAAUGUCAGAAUGAGACGGGAAUAUGGAGUGAACUGUGUAUGAUCGAGGAGAAUUACCUGAAGCCGUUGCGAACGGGUUUGAACAUGUCCCGAGCACAUUACGAGGCCGAGCUGAGGAGCACGAAGGAGAAGAGGAAGAACAGUGCGGCAGAGUCUAAAGCCCCGGCCUGCACGGUUACCGUCGGCAACGACACGUUACCCAACAUGACUCCGGAAAUGCAGCUCCAGGUGCUGCAGUCUGCGCUCUUCAUGUUCGAUCUGAUCGAGAGCGUCUUGGUCCGGAUCGAGGAGAUCGCAGAGGCCAAAGGACAGACAUAGGACAGACGUAGAGCUUUAAACCAAACAUCAGUCACAAACUGAACCAGUGUAGUGAAAGAACACACACACACACUCACUCACACUCAUCCACAUACACAGAUCAGGAUGCAGCCCUAUAUCUCUGACACACGCUCUCGUCGAGUCGUAGCUCUACGAUAUGUUUUUAUAAAAACACACGACACUGUGAAUGUGGAAAUCAUGACAUCAAACAAAUCACCACGUCAUUUCCGUUUCCCCGAUCGUGAGCAGAGACUCCGAGUUAAAAGGAAUACGGAGGUGACAUUUUAUAUUAAUUACAUACAGAAAGGAGACACAUGACUGAAGCGACACACUUCUGAAUGAACAAUGCAGGGCGAAUUUUUUUUUUGUGCUGUGAAUGAGCCGGAUAUAUUUUAAAGAGAACUAUUUACGCAGAAAGUUCGUCUGUAAAUAUCUAAGUGGACUUUUCCAGAUAAUAAUAAUAAUAAUAAUAAUAAUAAAGCUCCU